GCUCGCAUGUCAAAGAACACGACUGAUAGCUGUCGGGGCUAACCAUGUUUUUAGUUUUGAUGAGUUUGAUGAGUUGCUUAGAUUGUAUUCAGGACACUGUUCUUUUAUGUUAUUAGCGGAUGAUGCAACCUUGGACACUAUAGUUGAUGAUUUGACCGCAUUUGAGCUGGUAACAGAUGUUAUGGAAAGUUUUCCCAAUUCAUCUCAGAUACAGUGGUUUGGCUGCAGUUUAGUCGCUUGUCUAGCUAAAACCGCUGUUGAGCUAAACAUAACAGAGAUUAAUGAAUACAUUCUUGAGUUGAUUUAUCAGGCGAUGACAACACAUGCUGUUGUUGAAGAGCAAAAUGCUGCCUUAGUGAGGACUGGUGUUGCUAGCUCCAAGAAAGUGCAGGAAGCUGCAUGCCGAGCUUUGUCUGAGUGGUGUAGUUUGUGUCCUAACUUGAGAGAUCAAAUUGGAGAUGAUCGGAAUCCAGAUCAAACAUCAUGUUCAGGUGAAAGCAGAGAUAAAUCUGAUGCUGCCAAGUCAAAAAUCAAUUGUGCAAGUACUGAAUCUGACGUCUACAGGAGAAACAAUGGCAACAUGUUAUUUCCUCUUCAUCAGUCUCUCAUGUAUGUGUUGAUGGUGUUUACUGAUGACGAGUACAUUUUCCAGGCUGCCUGCAGUGCACUAUACUACAUGGUCAUAGACUGUGAUCGAUUGCAAGAUCUUUUUGUACAUUCUGGUGCCCAGUUGGCUUGCUUAGUUGUCAUGAAACAGCAUUCAAACAGUGCAGCUGUUCAGGAAUGGGGCUGCAGGGCACUUCGGGGGUUGUCAUCAGGCAGAUUUGAGUUUAAACACUUUCUUAGAGAUUGUGGAGCUAUUAAUGAUGUGAAGAGAAUUCUGAAUGACUUUAAAUUGAAUGCUUCUGUGAUAGAGGAAGCUAUUGGCCUAAUAGCUUGUCUAGUUAGUGCUGAUCCUGAAACUACUAGCAUAGACAUUCAAUCUGAUAUUUUGGAUGCAAUGCAGGGAUAUUCUAAUGAUCAAAACAUACAAAUAGUGGCUCUUGAAACAUUAGUGAUGUUGGUAUAUGAAGAUGCAGAAGCCAGGCUUUGUCAAUUUGACAGCGAUGAUUUGUGGCGGCUUACAGUUGCUGCAAUGGAGAAGCACGCUGACAGUGAAGUAUAUGCUGAAUUUUACCAGAGUGCUGGUAUUGCAUGCCACCGUGUUUUGGCAGCAUCUAAAUAUGCAAGUAAAUCAUUGUCAUAUUCUAUUGUUUCAUUUACUAGUAGUCCUCAGGCCAAUCUCGCACUGGGAUGGUUGCAGCAUUGUUCUACUCAUUUGGGAGAAAACUUUUAUGCUACCAAACUGUAG